AUGCCACAUCUUAUGGCAAUUGAAAAACAGAAACCAAAGUUGGUAUUCGAUAACAAAAAGUUCUUACUUGAUAAUCGGAUUUGGUUACCUAAAUGUGGAAUAAAUUUGGCAAAUGCUGUAUACAUAAUCAGAAAAAGGUUUAUUCAGGAAGAUUCGAGGAAAAAAUUAUACGACAAACUUGAAUUAGAAUUAGGAAGGAAAAGAUUACAAAAGCAUAGCAAAAUGGAUACUUGA